AAGUUAAACAGAAAGAACCGACCGCAAAAAGAAAGCAUCUGCCCGAGUCUCACGACUGAAUGCCAAAAACCCUUUGUCCGUGGUCGAUCACACGAUACACUAUACUCAUCCUGCCUCACCUUAAAGUCGAGUUAUUGCGGAAUCCAAGUCGAGCAAAAUGGCAGAUUACGAGAGAUUUGCAUAUACUUGGAUUUGAUGAUGGUAUUAUUAUUCAGUAGGUAGAGAGAUUCAGCCAUUGAUAAGAUAUAGAGGAUACAUAUCCACGCUCAUAUGGCCCAUUGCUGGUGUUGAGUCCAAUAUUAAAUCCAACACAAGCAGUGGAAUCAGGUGCUCAGAUCUAAACAACCGGCAGGUGAUGCCAACAUUCCACCACAUACCCUCUCUAUCUCUCUCUAUUUCAUUCGAGCUUGUUUGACCAUUGUUUUCAAAGUUGAACAUGUUUUUCUCUCCUUUACUUUAUUCCCUACUUGCCCUCAUACCUUCCACAUUUCUCGCAUAGACUUAUUACCUCUUGCUUGAUUCACUCACAAAGUGUCACAUACAUUUCCCCUUUUUAAUUUGAGGGUUGGGUGCUAUUUUGAUCUGGGUCUGGGUCACUCUUGAGCUUUUCUCAGGAUUCUUGGAGUUUGAGGCAUCCUAAGGAUCUGGGUGCCGUCAAGAUUAGUUUUUUUUUCUCGAAUCAUUUACAUCUGGGUUCUGAGCUAGCUACCUUACUCUCAUCUGGGAUUUCUCUAGUUUCUUCAAAUCUCUGCUAGUUUUGGGGGUUUUUUUAUGAUUUUGCGGUCCUCUAGAUUAUAUAAAAAGAAAAUGGUAGUAGCAGGGAAUGGUCUUUUCUACCCCAUUAUUGGAUUCGCUUCAUGUUUGGCUUUCCUCUACAUGUCCUUUCACUCCUUUAGUGACUUGAGGAGCGAUUUUCGUGAAGAAGAACAUCAGUUGGCUUUUGUGAAGAGGAAUGGGACUCAGUUCACCUUGGAGGGUAAACCAUUUUACAUUAAUGGAUGGAAUUCUUACUGGUUAAUGUAUCAUGCUGUGGAUGAGUAUAGCAGACCCAGAGUCCGAGAAAUGCUGCAAGCCGGUGCAAAAAUGGGUCUUACUCUCUGUCGAACUUGGGCCUUUAAUGAUGGUGAGUACAAUGCUCUCCAGCUUUCCCCUGGUCAGUUCGAUGAGCGAGUUUUUAAGGCUUUGGAUCAUGUUAUUGUAGAAGCAAGACAACAGGGCGUCAGGUUGCUUCUUUGCUUAGUUAAUAACUUGCAAAAUUAUGGUGGGAAGUCUCAGUAUGUAAGGUGGGCCUGGCAAGAAGGUGUUGGUUUGAGCUCAUCCAAUGAUUCAUUUUUCUUUGACCCAUCCAUUCGCAAUUAUUUCAAGAGUUACAUAAAGACUAUCCUAACCAGGAAGAAUACACUCAAUGGAAUUGAAUAUAGAGAUGACCCCACCAUUUUUGCGUGGGAGUUAAUAAAUGAACCCCGUUGCAGCACUGAUGCCUCAGGCGAUACUCUCCAAGAUUGGAUAGAAGAAAUGUCAGAAUUUGUGAAAGUAAUUGACAAGAAACAUCUACUGACUGUGGGCCUGGAAGGAUUUUAUGGUCCUAAGAACCCCAAAGCUUUGACUGUGAAUCCUGAACAGUGGGCAUCCCGACUUGGAUCAGAUUUCAUUCGCAACUCCAAGAUCCCCAGCAUUGAUUUUGCUUCUGUUCAUAUGUACCCUGACCACUGGUUUCAUGAUCUAGAAGUGGAGGACCACCUGAAGUUUGUCACCAAGUGGAUGCUUUCUCACAUUGAAGAUGGUGAGAAAGAACUUAACAAACCAGUCAUGUUCACCGAAUUUGGCUUGGCAGACCAGCUUGAUAGAUUUUACAAAACUAUUUUUGAUGUCAUUUACAAAUCUGCAAAGAAACACCAGGCUGGAGCAGGUGCUUUAGCGUGGCAGUUUUUGGUAGCAGGAAUGGACAAGUAUAAUGAUGAAUUUGGGAUUGUUCCAUGGGAAAGGCCAUCUACCUAUAAGCUGAUAAUAGAACAAACAUGUAGGUUGGCUAAAAUCCAGGGUCCAAUUUUAGAACAGCGAAAUUUGAAAGAGUUGUGCCUGCAAAAACAGUGAAAUGCUUAGUUUUGGGGUGGAAGGUUUCGUUCCUUUGAGGGGGAAGGGGUAAAGUACGAUAUCUGUCGUGGUUUGCUGCGGUGUCUAAAAGGAGAGAAGCAGGUGUUACCACAUGAUACACGUUAUAUAAUUUCUUCUCAAAUGAAUUAGAUUAAUUACGGAAACAGUAAGAAUUGUGAUGUUAUCAAGUUCUUUGUUAUAAAAGUACAGAUCAACAUCCAGAUGAGGUUGUUGAAUCAUGGAACAGUUUGCUUUGCUUUUAAGCAAUUGUAUCACCGGUCUUGGUACUAUGGUUUUUCUUUGGCCAA